UUUCAUAAAGUGGUGCAAUCAGAGACAUUUGCAUAAUGGUGCUUAUAGUCGUAGAAGAUGAGAUUCCCGUUCACGUCGACAGGUCGAACAGAGAAGAUCACAAGAAGACCGACCACGAUUCCUACUUCUCCGAAUGGAAGCUUCUUAUUUGUCCUCAUGGCUGGAAAAAUGGGAAAGGUGGAGCGGUGACCAGAUACAGGCUUGAAAAUCUUCCACAAAGUUUCGGUCCAGGAACCUAUGAGCUUGCGGUGUGUAAACUGCCGAGUAGGGACCGCCAUGGCAAGCUUGAACCUGGUUUGGUGGUUUAUGUUGGGGAGGCUGAAAAUAUAAGAGUAAGACUCCAACAAUAUGGCCGUGAUGGUACUCAUCUCUGUAGAAAAAAUGGAUUUCGGGAAAAAAAAUGUCGUUUGUUUGAUCCAAUUUUUGCAAGGGGUUGCUGUAUUAUCUACAGAUGGGCUUCUAUGAAAAGUAAGGCAGCAGCUCAAAGAACUGAAGCUCGACUUCUUGAAAAAUACGAUUAUGCAUGGAAUAUAGGUUCUAAUGGCGCACGUCGCCCCAAUGAUAUCCUUCGGAAACUAGAUAAACAUGUAUCCAACAAAAGACAUUUGCCCAUCAAAAUCAAAUCAAACAAGCAAGUAAAUGGAAGAUGCCGGAGGCACUUAGAUCACCGUGGUGGUGGUGGUGAUAUUACAUACAUUUGUGGAGCAGCCACUUCCGAUGGUGCUCCUUGUGAGAGACCGGUUAGUGGAAAUGGAAGAUGUUGGCAACAUUCGAAUUAUGGUCGCAGUAGUAGUUCCAACAAAAGACAUGUGCCCGUCAAAAUCAAAUCAAACAAGCAAGUAAAUGGAAGAUGCCGGAGGCACUUAAAUUAUGGCGGGGACGGCGGUAGCAGUUUUACUUCACGGAACUUAAAUUAUGGCUGCUAUGACAGCAGUUUUACUCCGCGGUGGUUGGACCAUGGUGGUGAUGAUAUUAUAUUAAUUUGUGGAGCAACCACCGACAAUGGUGCUCCUUGCGAGAGACCGGUUAGUGGAAAUGGAAGGUGUUGGCAACACUUGGAUUAUAGCAGCAGCAGCAGCAGCAGCAGCGGCAGCAGCAGCAGCGGCGGCGGCGGCGGCGGCAGCAGCAGCAGAGGCGGCGGCAGCAGCAGCAGCGGCGGCGGCAGCAGCAGCAGCAGUGGUUGUUUUACUUGCGGUACUUUCAACUAUGACCCGCAAUGGUUCUUUUAACCGGAUGACUGUUAGGGGAAAUGGAAGAUAUUGGUAGCACUGAUCAAUCAAGGUCGGCCGGUCGGAGCAUUUGUGGAUCGAGAGUUACCCUUUCGUCUGCUCCGGUGAUUGUCCGAACGAAAGGAUUAAGUUAUCAAUAGCAUAAUUGUCUAUUAGCUUAGGCUAGAGGUGGAUUUACAUUGUUGCUUUUGUGUUUGGAUGUGUGAUUGUUGUGAAUAUUAUGUGCAAAUUACAAAAAUAAAGUUAUUGUAUUUGUAGUCAAGUGAAGCUUGGUAUUUGUAAUGGAAUAUUGAGGAAGGUAUUUUUGUAAUAUAGAGUUAAUUAAUUAA